CUUUCAUGACACUAGCUAACGUACUACAGCGCGGCGGGUGGGAGGUGCUGCCCAACCCCCGCCGGCUCCCUCUCCCGUGCAGAUAAAACCGGCAAGCUUUGGGGUUCGUCCGUCGAGCUGGUUUACCUGUUGCGGCUCUGCCCUCCCUCCCAAUUUAAACGGCAUCAUCAUCCGUGAUAAAGAAGGCAAACACCAUCACCGCUACACUUCACUACACUACAGUCCACCACACAAUACACCGGUCGACCACCACGCAAUACAAUCAACGCUCACCCAUCCCAGUCGAAAAAGAAACUAUCCACCGUCCCUUCUUUCUUCCUAUCUUCGCAACAAUGUCCUUCCUCACCGAGCGCGUCCUCCGCCUCGCCACGCCCGCCGCCUCGCGCGUCGCGGCCGUCGUCACCACCACGUCAAGAACGACGACGACGAUCACGACGCCGCGAGCGGCCGCCCUCUUCUCCACCACCUCGCCCGCGAGCAAAACGCCCACCGAGGCCGCCAAGGAGGGUCUCAAAAAGGCCGACCGCGCUGUGAGCGACAACAUUCUCGUCCCCGGGCUGGACGCUGCCGCCAAGGCAAAGGACGCUGCGCAAAACAUGACCAAGGACCAGGCCAAGGGCAAGGCCGAGGAGCUCGCCGGCCAGGCCAAGGGUGAGGCGCAGGAGAUCAAGGGCCAGGCCAAGGGCGCCGCGCACGAGGCGGCCGGCAAGGCCAGGGGCGCCGCCGAGGAGGUGAAGCGGAAGCUGUGAUGAAGUGCAUUGGAGGAGGAUGAUGCCGGCGGAUUAGAGGCGCGUGUUUGACGGCCCAGCUGGCUGUAUGAAUAACUCAUCGUCGCAUGUUAAAGUACGCAUUCAAAGGAGUAUGGAGCAAUGUAUUACAUUCAAAUAUUAUUGAUGGG